GCAGGGGAGUACUGCUCAGACCGAGCUCUUAAUAUUGCACUGCUCGACUGGAUGGAGGAGCUCAACCAGCCUCUGCUGCCUGGUCGCCAGGUUCGAUCUUCCAGAGCCUCCCACACCUCUGAGAGCACUGCAGACGGCUCUAAAACGGUGGAUCCAAAGCCCCCCCAAACCCCCUCAGAGCCCCCAAAGAAGGACACCACUGCCCCUGACAGCCCCUCUGAGCCCCAGAGGCCCGAGGGCAAACAAGAGACACCCACCACUAUCUGUAGCAAUGGAGAUCAGGCUUCGCAAGGUGACAACCAGGCUUCCACCAGGUCGCUCUUGGAGAAGCCCCAGGGAAGAGGGUUCUGUGCUGGGAAGAACCCACUAAGCGAGUCCCAGGUCAGGCUGCUGGUGGGCCUGCACUACCUGCCCCAUGAAUACGGCCCAGCGGCUAAGAGUUUGCUGCAGAACCUCACCUGGCUCAAGGCCAACUGCCAGUAUGUCAGCGCCAAUGGCAACAAGAAAAAGGCACUGCCUCAAAAGGUGGAGGAGUGGCGUUGCCGGGCGGGGCAGUUCCUGACGUCGUGUGAUCAGGUGGUGUAUUUACACGAGGGCGUGGUGAACAGUGUGAACCGGGCGGUGCUCUAUGACCUCUACCCGUACGUGUGGGACCUGCGCAACACACUGCUGGUGGCCAAGGCCUUCAUCAGCUGGCUCGAGGGCCGCGUCUUGAGUGACAGCUCCUCCUCAGGCUCCUGGAAGAACUGCUUCCAAUGGUGUGGUACCACCAGUGGCUCGGAGCUGCUGGGUGUGGAGGCGGAGCCUUGGGCUUUUAAGGGGGGACUCUGUGGUGAGAUGCAGUUGCUCCUCCCAUUGGGCACCACGCCUGAGCUCUUCAUCCAUCCUCCUCCCCUGUUCCCCAGCGCACGGCUCUACAACAUCCGCCCCUUCCACAGUAAAGACAAGGUAGAGCUGUACCGUAUGGUGCGACAGCUGCACCAGAGGUCGCGAGGCCAGCCGGACCUGAGUGUGAUCCAUCCUGACUUCUUUGGUGAUCGGUGUUUGGGGGCGGCCCUGGCUUUGUGCCCAGAGUACAGCUUUGUCCUCGAGGAUGAGCUGGGAGUGUGUGGGUGUGUGCUGGGCAUCCUGGACGUGCGCCACUUUGCCAAGCGCUGGCAGGCUAGCUGGCUUCCCGCCAUGAGGGACAAGUACCCGCCUCAGGCCCCAGGGAGCAGCGGGCACGGUGGCUUAAAGGAGGCGCUGCAGUGCUUCCAGGAGGAGCAGCCGGAUUACCCAGACUCCCUGCUGUUCCAUUUCCCCUCGCAGCUGCGGCUGGACGCCCUGCCAGAGCUGGUGGACUGCAGCGUCAGCCGCAGCCUCCUCACUGCCCUCCUGACCGCACUGAAAGCCAAUGGUUCGCGGGGUGUGUUCUGCGAGGUGCAGCCCAUGGACCAGCUGAGGAUGGAGUUCCUCACCAAACUGGGCUUCCUGGAGAUCCUACGAGUGGAGGCCAGCGCCAGGGAGGGCCUGGUGCUCGGGCGCCUGCUCUAAGCACUAUUUCUCUGUGUGUGUGGGUGUGUGUGUGGGUGUGGGUGUGGGUGUGGGGCAGACGCAGGGCACCUGUUUUAGUAUUUGAAUGUAUGAGUGCUUAGGUGUUCGUGUGUGUGUGUGUCAGAUAGGGACUAAUGUUGGUACAGUGCUGAUGAGAGUUUUUUGGAUCAGGUUGCUAAUAAGGGUAGGUCUAUGUGUGUUUGUGAGUCUGCGUGUGUGUGAGACUGUGUGUGUGUGUGACUGAGUCUGCCUGUGUGUGUUUGUCAGGGACCAUGAGCAGCUAGAGCACCUGCUGGAGUCUUGUUUUUACCGUUCUCCUUAAUGGCUUGAAUGAUUGUAGUUCUUUUUUCCCCACAUUGCACACUCCAGCACUCUUAAGCUCUUGGAAAAGGAAAAAAUAAAAAAUCUGAUCAUGUGA